AUGUCCCGGACGCUCUCCCUCUUGAGUGAGGUUGAGUUCAAGCAUCGCGUCUCAGAUGGCUAUCCGGUGACUUGCCCUACCCUUGAUCUCUCGACCACUUGGGAUAGUAGUGGGAAGAAUGUCUAUAUAAAUCGGCCUCCUGGUCAGAUCGUAUCAAAGAUUCACCAGGCUGGGCGACUGGGAGUCAAGCCUCCAGAAGCCGUGUCCACAGCCUGGAAAGCAGAUGGCCAAUUCCUUGCCAUUGGCUGGAGCGAUGGCGUGGUGAGGCUGAUGGGCCUUGAGAGCAACAAAACCGCACAUCAUAUUGAGAUCUGCCCUGGUACUGAGGCCCGCAUUGUUCACAUCGGAUGGGCUUGCAGCAAGACCUCUACGGAUGAUGACAAAGAAACAUACUUUAGGCCCGCAGAGAAGAAAACGAAAGAUUUGCCCCGGGAACUCAUGUACCUGGAGGUCGAAGCGGCUUUGCCUAAGAUCAGCCCGUUACCAAGUAGUAGCGCAGGCCCUGGCGAGGAUGCUACUGUAUUCACCCUCAGAACUAGCAUGGACUUUCUGUUCCAGGCCCCUCGGCAUGAAGACUACGAUUUCGUCAACGUCAUGGUGGUUGGCACUGAUGACGGCCGGGUCCAUCUCAACAUUUGUGAUUCUUUCGCUAUAGGAUCAUUUUCGUGUCCAUCUUCAAGCCUAGCUCCAUAUACAUCGCAGCUUCUCAAACACACGUCGAAUCCUCAGAUCUCAACGCACACGCUGCUUGUGGCAGACAAGCUUAAAAAACCAAGCCAAGUCGACUUGAUACCUACAGACCUGCCCUUUCUUUCUUCGUCGCCUAUCAACCUAUCAUUCCUCACCACCAAGCUAACAACCAUGCAGAAACUGCUCAGGUAUCUCAAACAGACCCAGCUUCACAUGCAGACUGAAUGGAAGAAUACCCGAGAACUGCCUGGCAAGUUCCUCCGUAGUGUUGAGGAAGAUCUCAAGGGGUCAGACACGGGACCGCGAUCCAUUGUCCCUGCUCUCUACCACACAGUCGUAACUGGCCAUGCCUACGAGCCUGUCCGGGAAUGGCUUGUCGAUACCCUUGCCGAGAGAGGCCAUAAACGAUGGGAUAAAGCUGUCGUGUCCGGGCUGGAAGGUCUUCGAAGCCUAAUUCACGAGAACUUUCUCCCUGUACUGGAGCGCUGCUCCAUCAUCCUCAGCCGACUUCGAGGUCUAGCACUCUUUUAUAAUGCCAAAGAAGAAAUCGGUUUCUCUGCGGUACAGAUCACCAAAAUAAUGGACAUUUUCAGCUGCUUGACACUAAUUGGGCACAAAAUACUCCUACUGGUCAUGGAUGAAUUGGAACACUUCACAGUGUUCUCGAGCUGGCUCCGAUCACAGAUUGACCGCCUGGCCACUUCCAGUUCCGAGAGUGAAGAGCUCUCUGAAAAGGAGGCGACCACCGACAUCGGGAAGGUCCUGACCUACAUCGAACAAUACCUAGCGAGCAGCCCCCUUCAUGUAUAUCUGGAUGAGAUUUCCAAGGAAGACUUCACCGCAGAUUGGGAGCACAUCGACAGCGGUGUAAACCUCCUGGACACCGUGUCAGCUCAGGUAAAGAAACACGAGAAAGGCCAGCAGGCAAUGAAGGCUUUGCCUCACGUCGAGUUCCUGGUUGAUUACGCCACACACUGGUCAAGCAAGGUCUUUGAGCACAUUGCAGAGACCAAGAGGAGGAGUGUGCGUUUCGGCAAGCCCAUUUCUCUUUCAAUCGAUCAGCCUAUUGGCAUUUAUGACUGUCACAUCGUUGAAGCCGACGGAGAGGAUGCUAUCGUCUUCGUUGCCUUGGCAUCGGAAAAUUCAAGGUCAAAAUUGACCAUCUUCCGGACACAACUGGACAUUGUCAAUGGAAUCAGCAGAAACAUGCCUACUUCCAGGUGCUUGAUUGACUUGGGCAACCGAACCCUCGUCGAUUUCUCUUUUAUGGACGACACGAGCCUUAUUUUGCUAUGCAAAGAGUCUGGUGCAACUCCAGUCUUGGUUUCAGUACCAUUCCGUCAGCACACAAUUCAAUACUCACCUUACGACCCAGCCAAUUCCUCCGAGAUAUCCCACGUCCUAAGUGACGGGUUCCCUUCCUUCACCCUUCCAGAGGAGCAGCAGGCAAUGAAUCCGGUGCGCAUGGAGGUCCUCGACAGUAGUGACCUCCACGGGGAUAUUCCGAAGAGGAUAUGUCUUUUAGAGAGCAACCUCAGCACAUUGCGAACCUUCACCUUGCCAGAGGAAGGAUCAAUAUAA